GUACAUAUUUUUGUAACACUGUUAUUUUUAUCUUCAUAAGAAACUUUUGUGUAAAUUUGAGCUGGUCGAGCUUCAAUGUGAAUAUUGAUGUAAUUUUAAAAAAUAUAUAUAAAAAAAUAAUAAUAAUAAAGAAGAAAAAUCCUUAGAAGUCUGUUGGCCUCUCCUCUUUUCCCAAAAUUGUCGAAAAUUGCCUUCAAAAAUCUAUUGAAAAAAAAAAACUAAAAAUAAAUUCAAGAAAAUUUGUGGGUUUUACACCCUUUAUGAUUCUUGAUUAUUAGCCACAAUGAGUCUUACAGAAUUUGCCAUGGUAGAAGAACUGGCCUUUCUUGUCAAAGAUAAUCUUCCUUGCAAGCAUCUUAUCCUCUCGAUGGAGGAGACCCUCGUCAAUUUUCUUCUCGAUGAUACCAGUUCCGAUGGAAUCUUGGAGCUUGAACCAACAAAUCCAUAUAACCGCCUUCUCUUACAUCGUCUUGCUGAUAUUUUUGGGUUUGCUCAUCAAUCAGUUGGUGAAGGGGAAGAACGGCACUUGGUCUUGGAGCGUUGCUCAGAUACGGCAAUACCUUCCAUUCUCAUUAGUGAUCUCCUGUGGCAGUAUGACGAGCUCCAAUCUCCAAGGACCGUAGAUGUAAUAUAUAGAAGAAAAGAAGAUUCAGAAGGGUCAAGGGUAGAAGAGACGCCCACACCCAUACCAAUCUUUAACCUUUCGCUUGAGGAGAGGGAAGAAGCAUAUAUGGCUGCCCGAAAACGGAUAUUUUCUGUUGAUCAAGGUGAGACAAGACAAUGUACGAAGGAUAGACCUCAAAAAGAUCCUACAGUUGCCCGUCGUAUGAUUGCACAUGCACUUGGCCAAAGAACCAGGCCAGCAAAUACCGAGCAAUGUGGAGAACAAACCAAGGAUGUAAAUAUGCAGCAUAAGGAAGAACGGCUGACAAAUUCGGGAAAGCAGACGUGUAUGGAGGUUAAAACCCCCCGUACAAAAUAUCCAGGUUCGUGUGGUAAUCCUAGAAGCAACAAAUCAAAUGGCAGUAAAUCACCGCAUAUGAAGAAGAGCGCACCUAAAAGCGCAAAUGAGACAGGUUCCUCGACACCAGUAAAAAAGGAUGGAAAGGUUCACAAAGAUAGUAUUCGCGAUGAACAUAUUGGUGCUGCUAAGAGAAUAUUUGCGAAUGCUCUAGGAUUUGCAAGAGAAGGGAAUGUGAAAUAAGGAUCAUAAUGUAUUCUUCUUGAAAUGCUUGAAGAGUAGCCCAGCCACACAUACCAUUGAAGUAAACGUAUGAUCUCGAGCACUUUGUGAUCCUCGUGUAAUCUGUGCCAUUUGUGCCAGCCAUUUGAUAGCUGCAUCUAAUACGUUCAUCAAGGAACUGUUUGGGGUAUAGAAUUGGAAGCGCUACUGAAUCCAAGUCAUCGACAAGUUUAAGGUCGUAAAGUUUGUGACAUUUGCCUCGUCUGUCUGCUUUUCGCUUACUCCUAUCAGCAUCAUCCUCUGUAGCACAGAUUUUCUCUUCGAGGGAACUCGUUGGCAGCCUCGUUCGUCAUUUUCGUUGGCUUUUCCUCAUUAUGAUGUACAACUUCAUUUUAGUCUAGUAGAGUUUGAACUUUGGCUUUUUGGCCAUGGAACUGCAAGUUAUCAGCAGUUGUGUAGUCUGUAGAUUAUAGUGAUACUCUUGAAAUUUGGAUUUAUGAAUUGAGUUUAAGAGUUG